GGCCUUUUGCUCGCGGCGCCCCGGCCCACCACACCCGUCGUCCUCCCGGCGCAGCGGCGCUGCCGCACCGGCACUUCUUGACCCAUCGAAAUCGUCGGCCCUUCUCUCUUCUCCCGACCGACCGCUGCCUGGACCGGUGAGCCAUGGCGGGCGAGGGGGAGGAGGACGAGGCGGCGGAGAUCGAGCUGCAGCUGGAGCAGCACCUGGAGGAGCAGCGGUCCUCCCUCGCCGCCGUCGACGAGGCCCUCGCCGCCGACGCCUCCAACGCGGACCUCCUCGAGGUGCAUGGGGAACUUCUGUCUGCGAUCAAGGAUGCAGAGGAAGGGCUUCUGCAUUUGAAGCGUUCUAGGCUGGUGAAGCAAAUCGAUCAGAUCUUUCCAAAUCAGGAGUCAGCAUCGUUAUCAACUGAAGUUGCUAUCGAGCCAUUAGAUCCGGAUGAUGUUGAGCCAGAACCAUUGGAGCCACAAGAAUUUUCAGUAGGAUCAAAGUGUAGAUUCAGGCACAAUGAUGGGCGUUGGUAUAAUGGAUGCAUUCUAGGACUUGAAGGUUCAGGCAAUGCACGGGUCUCAUUUCUGACACCCACAUCAGAAAAAAUGUCGAUGUGCAAGUUCUUUCUGCAGCAACGGUGUCGGUUUGCUAAUAACUGCCGCUUGUCCCAUGGUGUUGUGAUUCCUACUUCAUCCUUGAAACGGUUCACUCCAACUGCAUGGCGACAGUCCUUAGCAGGAUCCAGCAUACUGGCAGCUUCUGGGCACCAUUCUGGCCUUUGGAGGAGAGCUGAACUCGAGUCGUGGGAUGAUGAGUUGAAGCGCGGUCAGGUGGUCUUUCAAGAUGAUGGGAGCACUGCAACGCUUCCAGGUGAUUCCCUUUCUAUCCCAGAAUAUGCUGAUGUGAGCGGCGAAGAUGAUGAAAGAGGCUCAAGCGAGGAUGAAUCGGAGUUAAGUGAAGAUGACGAUCAAGAGGAUGAAUCCAUCAUCCAUCAGGGUCUUGGCCGUUUGGAAACCACAAAUUUAACCGGUGUUCAGUCUGAGACCGUGAUCUUUGCAAAAUGGGAACAGCACACCAGGGGCGUCGCCUCCAAAAUGAUGGCAAAAAUGGGUUACCGGGAGGGCAUGGGGCUAGGCGUGUCCGGCCAAGGCAUGCUCGAUCCAAUCCCAGUCAAGGUACUACCGGCCAAGCAAUCACUCGACCACGCGGUCGCUGCAACCACAGGCGAGGACGGCCGAAGCAUCCACCGCAACAAAGACAAGAAGCGUAGCCGGGGCGGGCAAAGGAAGCGCGACAGGAAGUUUGCAGAGCUGGCCAGGGCCGCCAAGGCCGAGGAGGCGGAGAGGUCCGUCUUCAGCUUCAUGAACAGCCAGCUGGUGAGCCAGGACGCGACGGAAGGCUCCUCGGCCGCCAAAGCCAGGAAAGAGUCGCCGUCGGGUCAGGCCAAUGGGCAUCCCAAGAAGGAAGACAACAGAAGGUCUCUGCUCGCGUACGACGACGAGGUGAAGGAGCUGAGGAGCCAGGUCGGGCGGCUGGAGGAGAUGGUGCAGCGCAACCGCAAGGAUAAGGCAGUGCACGAUGCGGCGUCGAGGAAGCUGGAGCAGACGCGGAAGGCGCUCGCCGACGCCGAGGCGACGCACACCUCGGCCACCAACGCGGUCGCUAGGAAGGAGAAGGAGAAGAAGUGGUUGAAAUUCUGAUAUGCGACGUCUGUGUGUGCGCAGUCGGUGGGUGUUUGAUUGGAGCUCUGUUGUAGUUGGCUGGAUGUGAUAUCCAAUUUAGAGGGGUUUUCGUAUGAGCCCUAGAGGUAGAACCAUUCCUGUUAUAGUUAUAUCUGAACUACUCCAGAUAUGGCACAAAUGGUCUUGUCAUAUGCAUAUCUGAUGGAUGGAUGUUUUGCUUGGUA